AUGGAGGUACUAGAAUCUAGACGAGCACUUUUAGAAGAUUUGGAGAUUAUUGAAGAUGCCAUAGCCUCAAGAUUUUGCCGGAAUCCUGCAUUAUAUUAUAGCUACCUUGAGAAAAGAGCGGCUAUAUCACAAGAAACUCUGGAUAAACCGUCAAUAUCAGCCAUGCAGGCUAAUAGAGUAUACAAAUCUAAGAGAAUGAAGAGAAGUAGAAAACAAUUGGUUCUUCAGCAGCAUGAAAUCAAUCUUUUUUUAAGGGAAGCUUUCCAGAAACUUAGAAAGCUUGGCUCUUUGGAGGGACCACUUGAUAUGGGGGGUCUACUGGAUGAAAAGAGUGAUUUUGAGGCUUUUAUCAAUAAGUUGGGAGAGGUAGAUGGAGAGCGCAGAAAUUCUGAAGACUCCACUCUAGAAGUAAAUGAAAAAAUAUCACAAUAUGCAAUGUUUUCUGCAAGCAGCUCUAAAGAACAUCCGACAACAAUAAAAUCAGAGAGGGCCUUUGAUUUACAAUUGAAUGAUCUCUUCACUAGAGAUGAACAAUACGGUGAGUACAUGGACUUGGAAAGGUUCCAUUCUGAAUGGUUCAAGGUCAUCCAAAGCACAGAGUGCACUUUAUUAAAAUUCCUGGAUAUAUUGAGUGUUUUCCUGGAUGAUGAAAAGUAUUUAUUAAAACCACCUAUGGAUAGGAAAAAUGAAAGAUAUUUACAAUUUCUGGGAAAGCUGAGCAAUUACGUUGAAACAUAUUUCUGUAAAUGUAAUAUUCUACUGGAUAACAAACUAUUGGAUAGUACGAUUAAGACUGAUUUUCUAUCACAUUUAGAUACGCCAAUAAAGAGAGCGAAUAAAGGUUAUUAUUCGAUCGCGUCUGGGAAGUGGUUUAAGACACAGGCGGUAUACGAAAGCUACUUAACAGGAAAGAAUCAUAAAAAGAGUGUAACCAAAAGAUAUAAUGGUCUCUUAUCCGAAUACAAAAUUCAUAGAUAUCUGAAGCUUCUUCAGAAAGAAUUCAACCGCACUAGAGAAUUUAUAGAAAGGAAGUUGGCUUUCACCACUGAAGAGAGGAUAGAAGAGAUGGCGAAAUUAAAUGAGUGUUAUGACUCUCCUGAUUAUGGCGCCGAUGAGAAAGAGGAAGAGAAUAGUGCAGAUACCAAAAAUGACCUUGCGCUGCAGAGCAAGAAUGGCUCCGAAUCAUCCGUUGAUUUACCGCUAGGGCCUGAUGGUCUGCCCAUGCCUUACUGGCUAUACAAACUACAAGGGCUCGAUGUAACUUACACCUGCGAGAUUUGUGGAAAUCUGACAUUCAAAGGUCGGAGAGCCUUCGAAAAGCAUUUCACUGAACCUACACACAUGCUCCGUUUGCGUUGUCUCGGUAUAGAGCCAUCGCCCAUCUUCAAGGGUAUCACAAGCAUUGAGGCAGCAUUGAAACUGUCAAAUCAGGUAGGGGCUCUGAAGAAGACUAAAACGAGUGGAAGGCACCAACAGGGCAUAGAUAUGGAUAUCGAAAUGGAGGAUGAAGAUGGGAAUGUCAUGUCAAAGAAGCUAUACGAGGAACUUAAGAAGCAGGGACUCGUUUGA